CGCUGCUUUUCAAUUUGUUGGUGUUUUUCUGUUUCAUGAUUUUUUCUUGUCUUUUUUUUUUUUUUUGGUUUUUGGCCAAGUCCAAGUUUAACAGCGCUCGACGCGCCAGAAUCAAGUUCAGUUGCGCCGCAAACGCGUCGCGGAAAUGUUUCGCUGCUGCUAAAGAUAACCGUCCCAAAGAAAUCGAAACCGAAAUUAAAAUCCAUUAAACGAAAGUGCCGCCGUCCUGCAACCAAAAAAACAAAAAAAUUCCUUCUAAAAUCCCACAUCCUUGUCAGCCGUUAAACUAAAUAACUGUAACCCGAUACGGCGAAACGGGAAUUUAUCCCGUUUGAUAUUGAACUUUUUCGGUACCGUUCGUUCUCAGUUGGCGCCAUGAGGGAACCGCUGCCCUGGGCGGUGGUGCUGCUCCUUGGACUCGGCGCGGUGGUGGUGCCACCCACUUCCGGAUCGGCGGUCCUCAUCUCCGAUAUGACCAUGAGCGUUAUGGUGGAGCUAUCCUCGCGACAUCCCUUCUGCAAGAUGCACACCGAUCGUGGCGACAUCCAGCGCAUGUUGCUGCAGUCGGACCCGCGCCGCAUCCGCCAGGUGCCGCGGGAGUCGGUGAUGGAGCUGGAGGAGGUGUGCCGCCGGCAGGGCUCCUACGGCCACGAGUUCCGCGGUGGCUUGGGCUUCAUCUACCCGGGAACGAAGUGGUGUGGUCCUGGCACGGCGGCCACCAGCUACGAGGAUUUGGGUGCGCAUGCGCGCGAGGAUCGCUGCUGCAGGGAGCACGACAUGUGCCCGGAUGUCCUCAAUGUGGGCGAGUGCCGGCGGGGAUUGUGCAACCGCGGCACCUUCACGCGGAGCCACUGCGACUGCGAUGCGAGAUUCCGGCGCUGUUUGCAGGCGGCGAACACGGAGACGGCCAACACACUCGGUGCCAUCUUCUACAAUGUGGUGCAGGUGACGUGCUUCCAGGAGCGCAGUCCCUGCUCGGCGCACCAGAGGUUCGAGGACUUCUACUACCGCACCGAUCACUGUCCGGCGGAGUUCCGGCAGGCGGACCUCUAUGUCCCGCCCCACGGGGACAAUCUGAUAGCCAAGAUCCUGGCCCAUCCCCAGGGACGCGCCCUGGCCGCCGCCGUGCCCGAGUUCGCGCCCGCCAAGUCGACGGCCCGCCGGUGGGGCGUCAAGCUGGCCAGCGUCGGCCUGGCGGCGGUGAACAUCCUGCGCGAGGUGGUCCAGCGACCCCGCCUCCUGUGGGACAGCCUGCAGGCGCCGGUCAGCCGGGAGCUGCCUCCCUCUGCUGGCUACCACCAGGAUGCGGGAUACCAGGACCCGCAUCCUGGCUACUAUUACGAGCGACCAGGGCCGUCGUCCCACGGCUACGGCUAUGGCUAUCCGGCUAAUCUGCGCGGCUACGGGGGCUUCGGCUCCCGCUGGAGCUGAGGGCUCCGUUCGGGCGAUGCGAAUCCCCCAAAGACUGUUCCCCGGGGCCGCGAUUUCACUUUGCUGCCCAGCAAAUGGGAUCACUGGUGGGAGAGUAAUCAUUAUCUAUGAAAGUUAUGGGUCACAUUCUCUAAAAGAAAUUGUAGGUGGAUUAACCAGAAAUCCAGGAAGAUAGUUAAAUUGCAAAAAAAGGUUGAGUUUCCUUAAACACUGGAGAGCUUCAUAUCAAGUCAUUAUUCUACAUAUAUUCAGUUAUCAUACGAAAGUUGUGAUUAAAAUUCUCUAAAAGAAACUUUAGGUGGAUUAACAACAGGAAGUCCAUACAGUUAGGAAUCGAUAAAGGUUGAGUUCCCUUAAAUCCUAGAGAACUUCAUAUCAAGUCAUUAAUCCAUAUUUCAGUUAUGGGUCAAAUUCUCUAGAAGAAACCUUAGAAAUCCAUGCAGAAGGAACUGCAAGUUUAAGUACAAAAAAAAAGUUUAGUUUCCUUAAACACUAAAGAGCUUCAUAUCAAAUCAUUAAUCCAUAUUUCAGCUAGAUAUAGGUCGUUUUAAUUAUUUUUAAAAUUACUUAACAUUUCUUUUUCUCCACCCGAUUUGCCAAAGAAAACCGCAGUUGAUAACUUAGGAAACUUGAAAACCCCUUCUUAAAUCCAUCUUCCGCUUUUUACCACAUUGUCGCAGAACUAAGAACGUGAUUUUCAAGUCAAUGAAUCAGAUAUGUUCGGUUUAUCCUGCUUUACAUUCUUUUAAAGUUCGCUUUAUUAAAGGUAUUUAUUAUUCCGGGCAGUUUCAUUAUCACAGUCUUACCAUCUCCGCGUGAGAAGAGAAUAACUUGUAUUGUUCUCUGUUCGAAUAUAAAUGAAAUACUUUAACCGAUUUCCUUUGUGAGUAAUUGAGUGAUGAAGCUAUUUUAAGAGAAGUUCAAGGGAAACGUGGAGUGGUUGAGGAAAACAAGAUGAGGUUCUUUAUCAGGAAACAGGAACAUUUAUGAGUCUUAUAUCUCUUUUAUUAUUAUGAGUUGAAUGAGUAAACCUUUAAGUUUAAUUAUGACUACUCUCCACUGAUGUUACCAUUUGCUGGGCCAAAAAUCGCUUGAGCUCAGUGUUCCCGUUUAGUAUUAGUAGUCUUAAGUUGCAGCUUUCGGUUCCACUAGGGAACGAACCCUAGUCGUAGCCACUUAGCCCUGCAUGUGUGAUGAUUGCCAUCGAUGUUUUGCAUGUUUUGAGAUGGUUUAAUUGUACUCACCAGUUCGUUCAGUUCCACCCAUUACAUACCCGAUAUUCUGUACAAAUAAACUCACUGAGAAUC